AUGUCCUCACCACACCUUCCCUCCACCCGUUCCCUCCUCCGCAGAACGGACAUCCUCCUCCUCCGCCUCCACGCCCUCCUCUCCACCCCCUCCGGCAUUGACCGCACCCUCUGCACCCUCUCCUACACCCUGGCCUUCCUCCACGCGCGGCUCUCCCCCCUUUUGACCUUACGGCUCUCCCGAUUCGCAGCAUCCAUAGCCUCCAAAGCUUCUGAUGCGCUACUGCCAGGCGAGACCCUUAUAGCCAGCCUCCCCGCGCCCACCUCCAUCGCGCUCCUCAGCCGCACAACCACCUCCCUAAAAUCCCUCGCGGCCCUAAUCGCCGACUUCCGCAUCUUCAUCCGCCUGUGGGGCCUCCUAGGUAUCUACGCCUGGGCGCGCGACACCUGGGCCUCCCCGCCGGCGGAUGCGGUACUGCGACGUAUCACGUGGGCGCAGGUGGGCGUGAACGCUGCAUACCAGGUCCUGGAAAACGGGGCCUAUUUGGCGAGUCACGGCGUCCUGGUGUCCGAGGGCUGGGUCGGUGAGAGAGGCGAAAGGAGACAGGCGCGAUGGUGGGUGUGGAGCAGUCGGUUUUGGGCUGCGCAUGUUGGGCUGGAAUUCUUGAGGCUGGGGUAUCUGUGGCGGAAACAACACAGCAGAAGAAGUACGGACGGGGAGGGGGAGAAGGAGGACAAGAUUGAGCGGAAGGCGGAGCAGGAGCUUUGGUGGAGGGAUUUGGUCAGCAAUGCGGCGUAUGGGCCGCUUACAAUUCAUUGGAGUUUGGAGGAGGGCUGCUUAAGUGAGAGUUGGGUCGGGUUGCUGGGUAUGGUCGCGGGAGGGGUGGGGUUGAGGGAGCGAUGGAAGGCUACGGCUGCUGUUGUUCGGUGA